UUUUCUGUCGGUAGAUAUUAAAUCGACAGGGGUCUCACGUCUCGCGAGCUCGGUUGAUUAGCAGCCUUUCGCGUUCCUGUGUUUUCUGUCUUAGCCUUUUGCGUCAUUGUCAUUGCAGUUUUUAUUAGUUUUUACUAUUUUUCCGAUCAACUUUAAAUUGCAAUGCUCCGGUUCAUUUGGCUACUUUCUGCCCUGUUGUUGCUUCUGUACCCCGGGCCAAGCCAAGGAUACUUCCCCGAGGAACGCUGGAGUCCGGAGUCUCCGCUGCUCGCCCCUCGGGUACUAAUUGCUCUUGUUUGCCGAAACUCGGAGCACUCUUUGCCAUAUUUUCUUGGGUCAAUCGAUCGACUCAACUAUCCCAAGGACCGCAUUGCCUUGUGGGUGGCUACGGACCACAAUGAGGACAAUACCACAGCCGUCCUGCGAGACUGGCUGAUCCAGGUGCAGAGUCUGUAUCACUACGUGGAAUGGAGGCCAAAGGAAGAACCCCAGGCGUAUGAGGAAGAGGCGGGGCCGAAGCAUUGGCCGAACCACCGCUACUCCCACCUGAUGAAGCUGAGACAGACCGCUCUGGAAGCCGCCCGCGAGAUGUGGGCCGACUACUUCCUGCUCGUGGACUGCGAUAACCUCCUGACCAAUCAGGACGUCCUGUGGAAGCUGAUGAGGGAGAAUAAGACCAUUGUUGCUCCCAUGCUGGAGUCCAGAGCAGCCUACUCCAACUUCUGGUGCGGCAUGUCCUCCCAGGGCUACUACAAGCGGACUCCGGCGUACAUGCCCAUCAGGAAGCAGCUGAGGAAGGGCUGCUUCGCCGUUCCCAUGGUGCACUCCACCUUCCUGGUGGACCUGCGCAAGGAGGCGUCCCGCCAGCUGGCCUUCCACCCGCCGCACCCCGACUACACCUGGGCCUUCGAUGACAUCAUCAUCUUCGCGUUCUCCGCGCGUAUGGCAGAUGUGCAGAUGUUUGUAUGUAACAAGGAGAAUUAUGGGUACUUCCCCAUCCCCUUGCGCUCUCAUGGCACCCUGAAGGAUGAGGCUGACAGCUUCCUGCACAGUCUGAUGGAGGUCAUGGUGCGAAACCCCCCGUUGGACCCUUCCAGUUUCAUAUCGGCCCCAGCCAAGAAGCCAGACAAGAUCGGCUUCGAUGAGGUGUUCAUGAUCAACCUGCAGCGGCGCACGGACCGGCGGGAGCGCAUGCUGCGCACGCUGUACGAGCAGGAGAUCGCCUGCAAGGUCAUCGCCGCCGUCGACGGCAAUGCACUGAACGUCAGCCAGAUCCAAACCAUGGGCAUACAUAUGCUUCCGGGGUACAGUGACCCCUACCAUGGCCGGCCCAUAACAAAGGGGGAGCUGGGCUGCUUCCUCUCCCACUACAACAUCUGGAAGGAGAUUGUAGACCGGGGUCUGAAGGCCUCCCUGGUGAUUGAGGAUGACCUGAGAUUUGAGAUCUUCUUCAAGCGGCGCCUGCAGAACCUGAUGAAGGAGUUAAAGAGCGAAGGCCUGGAUUGGGACCUCAUCUAUAUUGGGAGGAAGAGAAUGCAGGUGGAUCACCCGGAGAAGGCGGUGCCUAACAUCCACAACCUGGUGGUGGCCGACUACUCCUAUUGGACGCUUGGCUACAUGAUGUCCUUGCAAGGCGCCAAAAAGCUCUUGGAGGCGGAGCCCCUGAAGAGGAUGCUGCCGGUUGAUGAGUUCCUUCCCAUCAUGUUCGAUAAGCACCCUGUCUCUGAUUACAUGGAGCAGUUUGAGAAGCGGGAUCUGAAGGCGUUUUCGGCCGAGCCCCUGCUGGUGUACCCGACCCACUACACGGGCGACCCGGGCUACAUCAGCGACACGGAGACCUCCACCGUCUGGGACAAGGAGGGCGUCCGGACGGACUGGGACCGCGCCCGGUCCCGCAAGACCCAGGAGCAGGAGGAGAUCAGCACCGAGGCCCAGAACAGCGACGUGCUCCAGUCCGCUCUCGACAGCACCGCCCGCGACGAGCUAUGAUGUCCACCGCCAGACCGCCAGAGGGCGAAAGCCAGAGGGAGACAGAGCCAGAGACAGAGAGGAGAGGCUGGGGGGGGGCAGGGGCGAUUUAACAGUUUUUAAUCGUUCUGUUUUUGUCAUUUUUACAAUGGGGGCUAACUUUUGGGAGAUGAUACACCCCCCUCCCCCCACUACCCCACACGGACUGCCUCUACUUUUUAAAAAAAAAUUUUUUUAGGUUGUUUCUUCUCCUCACCACACAGUUUUAACUGGUCCACAUUUCUUUUUUUCCCCCUACACCCUGACUGCCACCCUUCCCCCGCCAAAGUUGUUUGUGACUCUUGACAAGGGAUCCAUCGCUGUCGCUUUUAAAGUUAAAAGAUACUCUAUGCUACUUUUUCCUUCCUAAGAAUUUUCAUUUUUUAUCAGAUUUCAUAUUCCUCUGUUUGUCUUUUUUUUGUUUUUUUUUCUUCUCUCUGACGUUUUUCCUGUCUCUGAGUCAGGACACACUGGCAGUAAGGAAGCCAUGCUGUGUUCAGGAGUGCUUACAGAUAUGAUUUGAACACUGUGUAUUCAUGGAGUACUUAUGAUUGGACCACAGUGCAUUAACAGAAAUCAUCAGAUUGGACCAUAAUGCAUUCGUGAGAUUCAUCUGAUUGACCCAGAGUGCAUUAACGGAAAUCAUCUGAUUGGACCACUGUGCAUUAUCGGAAAUAAUCUGAUUGCACCACAGUGCCUUGGUGGAAUCCAUCUGAAUGUAUUGAUGAGAUGCAUCUGUCCAGCCUUGAAGAUCCUGCUUGUUUUUUUUUUUUUCAUUUUUUUUAAACUCCAUUUUUCCUCUCUUCGUGUGGUCAGGACCGAGAUUCACUUCCACCAGCAUUUCUCGUGAAGUUCAAAGGGUUUGAUUUUGAUUUCUCUUGGGUGAGUUUGGCGGAGAGCUGUUGGAGCCCAAGAACAGUCCGAAGAACUCCGCUGAAGACAGUUGAGCGAGGGAGGGAUGGUGCAUAUUCAUCAGGAGAAAAAAAACCCGGUGUGUUCCAGUGUAUUCACCUGUGCUUCUGGUCUGGAGGGGUUUUGGGGCAAGGGAUCCCCCCUCUCUCCCACGUUUUUCCCAGCAUCCUCUGAGAAUACCUGCUUUCGUCCUCUCUCUCUGGGGGCACAUGGGAUGCCCUCACAGAUCCAAGAUGGCAGCCAACACCUUAAACUCCCUGUAGUUUGUGGUUUAACAGAACAGACGGAACUUGGAAUCCCAUCCCCCCGCCCCAAGCAUCAAGAACCUUCCAUCUCCUUUUGAACCUGUGCAUUGAAUAAGUCCUCAUAUACCCAUAUCAUUAAAUGCCGGUCCGGAUUGGACAGCACUGAUGCUCCCCUCCAAUUGGGAACGACGGGGCUGGAGGGACAGUGAGGGUGGUGAAAGCAUAUUUGGAUCAUCUUUUUGUCACUUUUUAAAAAAUUUUCCCAAAUGUGCCUUCUUACCAAAGAAUAAUAAUAAAAUGUAUUUUUAAACUA